UUCAGAUUGAAACCAAUGCACAACACACUCAGUCUACAGGACAAUCUGAAUACCGCUACCGCAAUCUGCAUAACCCAAAGUGCCUUAGAAAGAGAGAACAGCAGCUUCAUUUUUCACAUAUUACUAAGCACAGACAAAGAACAAAACAGACAAUGGAAAAUAGCAACUUAAAGUAUGUGCCUCUAAAAAAGUACUACGAAUUGGAUGUCGUACCUGAAAUGAGUCUACCCCUUUCAAAGGAAGACCAGGAUAAAGUGUACAAGGCAGACAAAAAGAUUACCGAAAAUUUCUGCAAGAUUGGAGAUCUCACAGAAGGGUUCAAGAUACAUCUGAAAAAAUGUAUAGAAAUGUUGAAGCAUAUUGCAGACUGUAUAGACAAAGUGCACAAGGACACCACUGUUGCCAAUGUAGUAGGGAACUCAGCUGGAGUGGUAGGAGGCAUCACCACCAUUUUCGGUCUUGCACUGACUCCCUUUACACUGGGUGUCUCAGGGAUUCUCAGCACUGCUGGAAUAGUAAUUGCUGCUGCUGGAGGGCUCACUGGGUUGGGAUCUUCCAUAGUUGAUUUUGUUUACAUUAAAAAUCAAAGCAAUAAAGCAAACGAAAGUAUAGAGGAAUUAAUGACAGAUAUACUCAAUAUACAAGAGUAUUUUUCAAAAAUAGAUAAUCAGUUGGAUAAAUUAAAAUCCCUGUUUGGUGAGAACACUUCUGAAUAUUCCACAUUUAUCAACAAUUUGUUAAAUAGUAAUCUGAAAUCCUUCAAGGAGGGGAGUUCAUUCUUCAAUUCAAAAAAUGUUUCAGGAUUAAAGGCUUUAAUACAUUUUGCUGAUUUGUUCAAUCUAAAUGCUCUUACAGAAAUUAUAUAUUUUAUUCAGCCUCAAGUCCAGGCAGCAACUCGUGCAGCCCAAGUAGCAUCUCGUGGGGCCCACAUAGCCUCUCAUGGGGCCAAGGAAGCCUCUCGUGGGGCCCAUGCAGCCUCUCAUGGGAUACAUAUAGCCUCUCAUGGGGCCAAGGCAGCCUCUCAUGGGGCCAAGGCAGCCUCUCAUGGGGCCAAGGCAGCCUCUCAUGGGGCCAAGGCAGCCUCUCAUGGGGCCAAGGCAGCCUCUCAUGGGGCCAAGGCAGCCUCUCAUGGGGCCAAGGCAGCCUCUCGUGGGGCCAAGGCAGCCGCUCGUGGGGCCAAGGAAGCCUAUCAUGGGGCCAAGGCAGCCUCUUAUGGGGCCAAGGAAGCCUAUCGUGGGGUCAAGGCAGUAUUGAUUUCCAGUGGGGCAUUGGUAGCUCUGGGCCUAGCUUUUGAUAUUUUCUUUCUUAUACAAGGUAAAGAGGAACUGGAAAAAGGGGCUAAGACUGAACAGGCAACCAUUAUAAGGAGGAUUGCUAGUGCUUUAGAACAAGACUCAAAAGCUUUUGAAUGAAUAUUUAAAAUAAAUCCUUAUAUGACAGAUACAAAUGUCCCUAAACUACAUUUUACUACUUAGUCUGGACCUGCCAUAAUUUUAUGCCAUACAGGAGAGCGGCAACCAGAUACCUUGCAGACAACCUUGAAUUUUCUCAGUUGCCAUCUCUAGGAGAGUGGUUGGCAAUCAAGCCCCCUUAACAAAUAAAAUAAUAAGUAAAAAAGAAGAAAUAUAUUGUCUAUUUUUAUUAAAUAGUAUUAUAUUAAGGUUAACAAAAAUCUCCUCCAGUAUGUCCUGGUUGAGUGUGAUCCAUAUUGAACUGUCAUUGCUAAACUCAGUGUGUAAACACAGAAGUCUCUAAUUCCAGAAUGACCUUGUUACUUAGUUCUGUGGUUAUGUACUAGCUAUUAUGCUUACUAUGUGCUCUGAAAUUGUAAAACUUAUUCUAUGUUUAGAUGUGUUAAUGAAUAAAUAAAAUUGUCCAAAAA